AUGAUAAUAUUGUUCUACAUGAUCAAUAAUCCACAGGAUAUUCAUUUAGCAAUCAAAGGUCAGUUUGAUGCUGUUUUGGAUACUAUUGGGGGGCCUGAAGCUGAAAGAAUAGGUGUCAACCUUUUGAAGAAAGGUGGGCAUUAUAUGACCCUUCAGGGCGAAGCAGCAUCUUUUGCUGAUAGAUAUGGUUUAGUUAUUGGUCUUCCAGCUGCUACAGCUAUUUUGCUAAAGAAGAAGCUUCAAUACCAUUAUUCUCAUGGAAUAGAGUAUGGUUGGACAUACAUGAGAGCUGAUGCUGAAGGGUUGGAUGAAGUUCGCAGACUCCUUGAAGCUGGAAAGAUGAAGAUACCUGUGGAGAAGACAUUCUCUAUUGCAGAGGUAAGACAGGCUCAUGAAGCAAAAGAAAAAAGACUUGUACAUGGUAAGGUUGUUCUGGAGCUCGACUGAUCUAACUUUCCCUAUUUCGAAUUAAGAUGCAAUCGAAAAUCUUCGAAAUAUAUCUGUAUAUCAUAAUAGAUGGCGCAUUGCUUCUGUCUCUCUUCCAUCUUCCUGCCCUUUUUAUUUCUCUUUUUUUUUUUUAAAUUAUAUUAAUUGUAAUCUCUCUUCAUCCUGGUAGAAGCAUAAGCCCCUCCUUUUGAGGAUGAAUCAAUUAGUUUCAAAAACUUCUCUCACAAUCUGAUCUAAGGAUUUAGGUUUCGUUUGGGACUGUUUUUUUAUUGCUUCUUAAAACGUUUUUUUAGUACAAAAAUUGCAACUUUUAUAUUUAAAAGUUGCUUUAAGAAGCAAUAAUAAAAUUGUCUCAAACGAAGCCUUAUUCUAUUCUAACAUUUGUGUAAUAAGUCCUCCAGGAUUUUUUUUUUGAGGGUUAUAAAUUUGUAGUUGUUAAAUUGAAUACAAUGCUUUUUAUUGUUCCAAAUGCUCUCUGCUUUGUACAAAUAAAAUGUACAAUUUUGGGAGACAUGAGGUAGCUGUGACUGGAUUGUUUGUGUGUACUGCUGCAAGGUCAAAAUUAUUUCAUCUGUAAGUGAAUACAGGUUUUGAUGUAAAUUAUUCAAUUUAUAUCUUGUAGCCUGUUGAAUCUUAUCUAAA